CUGGCCCCGCACUCGCUUACAUUUCGCGAGAUUUUAGCUUGGCGCCGUGACCCCCAUGUGAGAACAGCAGCUCCUAGUAAACACUCCCAGAGCAGCAGCAGCUCCGACAUGGCCGCCCAGCGCCGAGCACACCGCGGUUAGACAACAAUAAUAAUAAUAAUAGCAGCAGCAGCAGCAGCAGCAGCAGCAGCGAUCAGUGUCAGCACCCGAUCUCCCGGUGCAGCGCCGUGUAUUUGUGACUGUCCACUCUCUUUGUUGUGCUGCUGCGCUGGGCUGUCACCGCCGGCUCGGGUGCAUUACCCAGGAGCAGCGACUACAGUAGUAAUAAUAGUAAUAGUACUGCGGCUGCUGCGAGGGGCCGGGGCAGUCACAGUGCUGUGUAUUGUGUAUUGUGCUCAGCAGCUCGUACAAGAUGUGGAUCCAGGUGAGGACCAUAGAUGGCACCGAGACCCACACCAUAGAUGACCUGUCCCGUCUCACCAAGAUAGAGGGAUUGAGGUUAAAGAUCCAGGAGAGUUUUAAUGUGACCCCGGACAGGCAGCGGCUCUUCUACCGGGGCAAACAGCUUGAAGAUGGACAUACUCUUUUUGACUACAACGUUGGAUUGAAUGACAUUGUCCAACUACUAAUCCGUUCACAGUCUGAUGAUGCUGUUCCUUCCAUGAAGAAAAAGGAUGCAGAUGGGAAAGGCCACCUAAAUUCUGCAAAUAAGCACAAAUCGCGAGCCAGUGCUCCUUCUGUUCAGCCAUCUACUUCCGCCCGAGCCUUCCUCAUUGAUCCAGGCAUUGGAAUUUACAAGAUCAACGAACUUGUGGAUGUACGCGAUGUAAGCAUUGGAUCGUGGUUUGAGGCGCACGUUGAAAAUGUUACCAGAGCCACAAAAGGACAUAAGAAUGGCAAGGCUCAAGUUAAAGGUGGCAACUCUUACAAAGGGACUAAUGGAAGUUUGAGUCCGGAACACUCCAGGGAGCACUCCCAUGUUUCUGAUUCCACCCCUUCUACUUCUUACUCCGACUAUGUGGAUGAUGAAGAUGUAACUUAUUUUAUAAAAUAUGACGAUUAUCCAGAAAAUGGAAUUGUAGAAAUUGCAACCUGCAACAUGCGUCCCAGAGCACGAACCAUAUUAAAGUGGGGUGACCUCAGCGUGGGUGAUGUUGUAAUGGUGAACUACAACAUUGAAACUCCAGAGGAGCGUGGUUUCUGGUUUGAUGCAGAAAUUACAAACUUAAAGGAAAUGUCAAGAACGAACAAAGAAGUGUAUGUCAAGAUUUUAUUGGGGGCUGCUGGUGAUGCUAUUAAUGACUGUAAGGUUACUUUUCUUGAAGAAAUAUACAAGAUAGAAAAGCCUGGAGCAUAUCCUUUGUCAUCUGGUGAUGGAGAUUUUAAAAGAAAAAGUGGCCCAGAAUGUAAGCACUGCAAAGCAGACCCAGAUUCAGAAUGCAGGUUCUGCUCUUGUUACUUGUGUGGGGGAAAGCAGGAUGCCCACAUGCAGCUUCUGUGUGAUGAAUGCAACAUGGCUUAUCACAUAUACUGCCUGAAUCCCCCAUUACCCAAGAUACCAGAAGAUGAGGAUUGGUAUUGCCCUUCAUGUAAGAAUGAUUCAACAGAAGUAGUGAAGGCGGGUGAAAAACUGAAACAGAGCAAAAAGAAAGCAAAGAUGCCGUCAGCUAGCACUGAGAGCCAGAGAGACUGGGGCAAGGGAAUGGCCUGCGUUGGCCGCACAAAAGAAUGCACUAUCGUCCCUUCCAAUCAUUAUGGGCCCAUCCCUGGUGUUCCGGUAGGAGCAGCAUGGAAAUUUAGAGUGCAGGUGAGUGAGGCAGGCGUCCAUCGUCCCCAUGUUGGUGGGAUUCAUGGGCGCAGCAAUGAUGGAUCAUACUCUCUUGUACUAGCUGGGGGAUUUGAAGAUGAAGUGGACCGAGGGGAUGAGUUCACAUACACAGGAAGUGGUGGUCGAGAUCUGUCUGGCAACAAACGAAUUGGAGAACACUCAUUUGAUCAAACAUUGACUCAUAUGAACAGGGCCCUGGCCCUAAACUGUGAUGCAGCCCUGAAUGAUAAGGAUGGAGCAGAGUCUAAAAACUGGAGAGCCGGAAAGCCAGUCCGGGUGGUUCGUAGUUCAAAGGGACGUAGAAUCAGCAAAUAUGCCCCUGAAGAUGGCAACAGAUAUGAUGGCAUUUACAAGGUGGUGAAAUAUUGGCCUGAAAUAGGCAAGUGUGGCUUUCUUGUGUGGCGCUACCUCUUGCGGAGAGAUGACGUGGAACCUGCUCCUUGGACAGCAGAGGGCAUAGAGCGCUCACAGAAGCUUGGACUAACCUUGCAGUUCCCAGAGGGAUAUUUGGAAGCCAUGGCUAACAAGGAGAAAAAGGACAAGGUUAAGAAGCAGCCUGUAAAAUCUGAGCCUAGCAGCCCAGUCUAUCCUGUGACUCCGAAUGUGCAGAGCAUUGCUGAAAGUCAGAGCAAGCCGAGUAGCCCAGAGCAACACAGCCAUGCCACUCGUAACAGCGCCAAGGACUGCAGCACCCAAAGCAAUGGAAACCCAAAAAGACCCAUUGAAGAAGAUGAGGAGCAAGAGGUGCAGCCAUCCAAAUCUUUAAAGCUAUCGGAAGAAGCACGAGGGGAAACGUUUCAGCUCACACAACAGCAACAUUGGCUGAUUAGGGAGGACUCUUUGAAUCAGAAGCUGUGGGACGAGGUUCUCUCUUCCAUCAAGGAAGGUCCUAAAUUCCUGAAGAAGGUUGAGCAAACAUUCAUGUGUAUUUGCUGCCAGGAGUUAGUUUAUCAACCAGUUACGACAGCAUGCCUCCACAAUGUGUGCAAAAGCUGCUUGCAACGUUCCUUCCGAGCUGAAGUCUACACCUGUCCGGCCUGUCGCUAUGACCUUGGAAAGACUUACACUAUGGUUCCUAAUAAGGUCUUGCAGACACUGCUUGAGCAGUUUUUUCCUGGCUACAGCAAAGGGCGGUGAUUUGCCGUGCUCCCAGAGCACCUCCCUUUUUUUGACUUUUUAUAAGUAAACAGACUUGUCAAAUCACAACAAGGAUAGUGGACCAACAGGCACCAAGGAACUCAUUAUAUCAAACCCCUUCUAUCCCUUUGUCAGCAUGACUUCAGUUCUUGUAUCAGAAUCCAAGGUAGUUUGCCUCCCAAGGCAACAGAUUUGGAAGGAACCCUUAUAACAUACUGGCCAUUACAUCUAAAUCCUGCUUGUUUUCAUUUAACUACCUCAGGAUAAAGAAGAAUACAUGAGGGCAUAGAGACAAACAAAUCGCUUGGUCAUCUGAUAUUCAACAACACAACACACUGCCUCUGGAAUUUGAAGUCGUGUUUAAUCCAUGUGUAUUUUCCAGUGCCAGGAGGACCCACAGUGUGUUGCAGAGCUAAGGCUUGUAGAUUCCUUUCAGAACUGAAGGGCACUGACAGCACUUAGAUACAAAGAGAUUUGUUAGGUUAAAGAUUCAUUUGUUUCUUUCCAUCCUGUUUCCUUUUUAGGGUGUUUUUUUUUUUUUUCAUCCACCUUUUUUCUUUUCUUUUGCAGAGCUUAUUUACACUUAAUUACCGUGAGCUUCUUUCUGCUUCAUAAUUUGUACCUUUCGCAAGUUGACUACUAAUUACUAAUGAGAACAAUAUGUAUGCAUUGUUGCUACAUUAGUGUAAUGUGAUCUGUGUUUUUUGCCUUUUAUAUUUCCUUUUUCUUUUAGAGGUAAUCAAGAUACACUAGCUUUGUGAUUUUUUUUUUUUCUUUUUCUACACACCUUGUCACUUCUAUAUUCGUUUAUAAAAAACUGCUUCAGUAGAGCUGUGUAUCGGAGGCAAUACAGUUCUGCAGAGCAUUGCAAAUGGGUGACAGUGAUAGCUCGGAGAGGGUCUUGCUUCCUAAUGUGAUCUCAGAUUUUAUACACAGUAUAUUCCCUAAAAAUGUACCUUAUUAAAUAUUUUAUUCUGAAA